UACUUGUAGAAUGAAAGCAAAACUGUGCAGAUGAUGUUCAAGAAAGCGAAAUACAACACGACCUACAUAUCAGACUAUCGGACUUCAAUUCUUGAGAUUCCAUAUGUUGGUAAUGAGUUGAGCAUGAUCAUUCUGCUCCCUGAUAAGAUUGCAGAUAACUCUACUGGAUUGGAGAAGCUGGAGAGAGAAAUUACAUAUGAGAAACUCAUGGAAUGGAUCAAUCCAGAGAAGAUGUUCCCAAGAGAAAUUAAACUCUCCUUUCCCAAAUUUAAAUUGGAAGAAAAAUAUGAUCUGAACCCUGUUCUGAGAAGCAUGGGAAUGACGGACGCGUUUGAUGCGGGCAAGGCAGACUUCUCUGGAAUGUCAACUAACAAAGAUUUAGUCAUAUCUGAAGUUGUUCACAAAUCAUUCAUAGAAGUCAAUGAGGAAGGCACUGAGGCAGCUGCUGCC